AUGAGAAAGAGAGACCGGAGGCGUGAAGUACAGAAAGAGAGGGCGGUUCAGGCGAAGGAAAGCAAAGCAAUCAACCCCCACGAGACAACUUCUCUCUGUCCAAAGGGUUAUUUCGUUUUCAGUGUCCAACGGCCACUGGGUCGGCAGGUUCUUCUCUUCCCUGAUCACAACAAUACUUGUCCGAUGGAGAACCAAAGAAUAUCUGGUUCAUGGGGUUCAGGGAGAUGGGAUCUGCGGCAUCUGCUACAACAAUCUCACUGGCACUGCCUCAAGAAAACCCUCCUCGAUGUGGACGAGAAAGUGAAGACCAUGUUAAAACUAAUAGAACAAGACAGCAAUUCUUUAGAAGGAUCCGAGAUUUAUUACCAGAGAAGACCGGAAUUCAGACGUCUGUUUGAAGAGCUCAGCCAGUCUUACUGGUCUUUUGCUCGAAAAUUUGACCAGUUGAAGUCUAAAUCAACGCAUGGUCCCAGUCCAGCACUUUUGUCUUCUGUUUCUAGGCCAAGAGAAAUCCAAAAUCAAACAAAAGGUAUUCAAAGCUUUGAUGACUCCAGCCUCAUGGCUCGUUACUCCUAUUCCCAAUCAUUUGCUGGAGAUCCUGAUGAUGAGUAUGAUAUUGCUAGCUCCAAAUCCCUAAAUAAAUUACCCCUGGAAUUGAUGCCGACUGAACUGCAUAACACGAGUUCAGAGCAUCAAAAGUCGAAAAGUUUUCCCAAUAAAGAUGAUUUUGCUAAGAAGUUGAAUGGCUCUAAGUUAGAUCGGAACAUGGCUGGAGAUUGGCCACCAGGUAUUGUUGAUUGCGAGAUACCCUGGUCUGAACUGAAGAUUCAAGUUAUGAACCUCAUGGAGGAGAAUUUGCGGCAGCAGGAAGAGUUGGUGAGGAGAAAUAAUAAUAAGCGAGAAAUCAUUAAAGAGCUUCAGUUCCAGAUGCGUCUAGUAAUGGGUGAGAACAGGGCACUCCCGGGUUGUCUCAGAUGUUCAAAAAUUCAUGUGAAGCAUAAACCGUCUCAGAUAUCAAGAUUGAAAUCGCUGAUUAUGAGAAGGCUUUGGGUAGAUUCUCCAUGA